UUACACUAUACAGCAUGUGAUCAUUAUGUAUUUUGGAAAGAGAAUUCCACCUGCUCUUUCUUAAAGUGUCCCAAUGGCACCAACUGCAAUGAUAGCUCUGUCGAUGACCUGAUAAUGAAACUAGGUAUACAAAUGCUGCAAUAUAUAAACACAUUUGGUGGAGAAUGUUUAAAUAUCAAAGUGCAUGUGUACUCAUUGUUAGAAAUGUUCAGAAUUCAACCCGUUAUUAACUUCUUAUUACCAUCAAUAUAAAUAUUAUUACACUGAACAAAAAUAUAACUCCAACAUGUAAAGUGUUGGUCCCACAACCGCAGACCACGUGUAACCAUGCCAGCCCAGGACCUCCACAUCCGGCUUCUUCACCUGCGGGAUCGUCUGAGACCAGCCACCUUGACAACUGAUGAAACUGUGGCUUUGCACAACCGGAGAUUUUCUGCACAAACUGUCAGAAACCGUAUCAGGGAAGCUCAUCUGCUAGUUGUCCUCACCAGGGUCUUGACCUGACUGCAGUUCGGCAUCGUAACCGACUUCAGUGGGCAAAUGCUCACCUUCGAUGGCCACUGGCACGCUGGAGAAGUGUGCUCUUCACGGAUGUACCGGGCGAGAGGUUGUCCGAUUUUUUUCUGCAUUUUAUCAAAGUCAAUUUGAAUGUACAGAGAUACUGUGAACGAGAUACUGAGGCCCAUUGUCGUGCCAUUCAUCGGCCACCAUCACCUCAUGUUUUAGCAGGAUAAUGCACGGCCCCAUGUCGCAAGGAUCUGUACACAAUUCCUGGAAGCUGAAAAUGUCCCAGUUCUUCCAUGGCCUGCAUACUCACCAGACGUCACCCAUUGAGCAUGUUUGGGAUGUUCUGGAUCGACAUGUAUGACAGCGUGUUCCAGUUCACGCCAAUAUCCAGCAACUUCGCACAGCCUUUGAAGAGCAGUGGGAUAACAUUACACAGGCCACAAUCAACAGCCUGAUCAAAUCUAUGCCCAUGAGACAAAUGGUUGUCACACCAGAUGCUGACUGGUUUUCUGAUCCAUGCCCCUGCCAUUUUUUAAGGUCUCUGUGACCAACAGAUCAUAUCUGUAUUCCCAGUCAUGUGAAAUCCAUAGAUUAGGGCCUAAUACAUUUAUUUCAAUUGACUGAUUUCCUUGUAUGAACUGUAACUCAGUAAAAUCUUAGAAUUUGUUGCAUGUUGCGUUUUAUUUUUGUUCAGUGUAGAUGUAGAUCUAGUAACGGUAUCUUUUGGUUUCCAAGGGUUGUAAAUUAACAAUCUAUUUUGUGAUUGUAAUACGUAUCAUGUAAUGCAUUUACAUUUGUCAGACUUUUAAAUCAGUUUCCCCCCCCCCCCCCUUAAGAGUGAGGCUGGACCAACCACUGAGUCUUCAAGUUCCAGUUCCAUAACUUCAUCAGAAAUCCAUCAGAACCCCACUGCUCCUGAAUUGACAACCAGCAAUAAUGCCAAUCAAAUUACAGACACCUCUGCCCUCAAUGAGACCGACUCUACCUUGCUCCCAUCUCCACUUUAUCUACUACCAUGACUGUAGCACCCAUACCAGCCGCUAAGAAUGACACCUUCAUUCCCAUUAAAACUGUUAGCAAUGCCUGCAGAGGAACUACAGUAGCUGACACGCCACGAGUCAACAGUCCAAACCUCCGAGACAACCACUUUAGUAAAGCAGGAACCUAGGACUACAAUGACACCCUCAGCCCUGACCUCUCCACCAGCCAUCCCACAGAUGACAACAACAGCAUUAUCAACAACAAAUACCACUACUACUACCACUGUAGUACCAAUAACAGCAAUGUCGUCAACUACCACAACCAGCACAACACACCCAACUACCACCACAACACACCCAACCACCACCACAAUACCACCAACAACAACUACCACCACAACAAUACCACCAACAACAACUACCACCACAACAAUACAACCCAACAACAACUACCACCACAUUAACAACAGCAAUACCAUCAACUACUACUCCAAACAUAACCACCACCACCAUAGACACUUCUAUAGUUGAGGAGAAGAAUCCUUCACCAACCAGUCCGGAGGCCCUCAGCUCUCAAGCUACCUCCAGAAACGCCAUAGUCCCUUCGACCUUCACUGUUGAGGUCAGCACAAAAAGGCUUGACGGAGGUACCAACACCAACAGAGCCAUUAUAGACGUUGUUGCCGGGGGCCUCUGACCCGCCAGUUGGUGGACACAAGCGCCCUAUUGGCUGUCCUGUUGUUUGGUGUCCUCUUCUUCCUGGUUACAGUUGUCCUCUUCCUCACACAGGCCUAUGAGAGC